UCUCCUCACCCCCACACAAGCCCGGGCACACACACAAACAUCCCCAGGCGGACAAACUGCCAGCAAUUCCGAGGACCUUCGGGAGAUGCUCCCAGAAAAAUAGUGCGGACGCGGCGGAGGCGGCUGCCUGCGGCUCCAUCAUGUCCUUGCAGGCCAUCAUCUCCAGCGACGGCCCCCGGCCCAGCCAAGCCUGGGGGCUGCUCAUCCUCUUCUCCCUGUUGAUCCAAGCCUUGCUGUCUGCUACCACGUACUUCUAUUUCUCUAGCGAGCUGAAGCAGCUGGCACAGCUACAAAAUGCAAAUUCUCAAAGCAGCCUGGCAUGCCUUACAAAGGAAUAUGUGGGAGCCAUGACAGGUAAUAGAAACUCCAGUGGUGAUGUAGAAGAAGUGGACCUCCUAUGCCUGCAGUUCAAGUGGCAGCUCCAACAGCUGAUUAAAAAGGAGCUUUUGACAGUUUAUGAGGAGUCUUCUACACAGCAAGUUGAGAGGGAGAAUAACCCUCCUGGAGCCACAGAAAGGUUCAAUCAGAGUGGUAUCCAGAGAGCAGCGGCUCAUCUCACUGGAAGCAGACAAAUAAGUCCUAUCUUUUUUAGAAAUCCCUUGCUUGGAAGAGCUUUAGGUUGGAAAAUCAACUACUGGGAAUCUUCAAGGAAAGGACACUCAUUCCUAUAUAAUAUGAACUUCUUAGAUGGUGAGCUCAUCAUCUCCCAACCUGGAUAUUAUUAUAUCUAUUCACAAACCUACUUUCGAUUCCAGGAGUUAGAAGAAAGCUCUGUUUCAACUUGGAGUGAGGAGAGAAAAAAACAACCAAGACAAUUGGUUCAAUACAUUUAUAAAGUGACAAGUUACCCAGAACCCAUCCUACUCUUGAAAAGUGUAAAGACUAGUUGUUGGUCUAAAGAUUCAGAAUAUGAACUCUACUCAAUGUAUCAAGGUGGAGUGUUUGAGCUCAAAAAGAAUGAAAGAAUCUUUGUCUCUGUCAGCAAUGGAAAGUUGAUCGAUUUGGACAGAGAAGCUAGUUUUUUUGGUGCUUUUCUAAUGAGUUAGUCACAAUUACAUGUUAGAAAGUAACCACCACUGCCAUUUAACCUGCUAUAUGAGACAUAGUGACAAUAGACUUUCUGGAGAAGGAGCCUAUUAACCACAAGAUUCAUCAGUCCCCUGAUAAACACACAUUUAUUAUGUAUUUCUUACCAGGUAUCAAUCACCACCAUGCUAAGUGCUACAGUAUUAACUAUGAAAAAGAAAUAUAAUCCCUGAUCUGAAAGAGAUAAUAAGUUCAAGGGGAAAAGGCAAGGUACAAAAAGAAAGUGAUAGGAUGGGGAAGGAGGGGAAAAUGCUCUAUCAGCAUUGGAAUCCAAUCCAAAGAAAUGAGGUGAGGU